AACACGUCAACACACCAUCACCACUCUGCCUGCCCACCUUCCCCACCUGCAUUCUCCCUCUGUCCUCUUCUACUUUCUCUUCUGCGGUUACAGAAAGUAUAGAAGAAUAGAACAGAAGUUCAACUUUUUUUUGUUUUUGUUUUUCUCUCUCUUUCUAACCAGAAAAGAAAAGAAGAGAAAAUUCAUUCAUUCAUUCAUUCGUAGAUCGUCGAUCGAAGUGGUCAGUUUGUGAUUGCGAAAGCAAGACAGAGGGAGGGAGUGACGAUGGGCAAUGCAAACGGGAGAGAAGAGGAGGCCAAUGAUUCAAGAUCCAAUGUAGAUGAAUCCUCCGUCUCCUCCUCCUCCGGUGCUUUCCCGUAUGCGCCAAACUCGCAUCCUCCGGGCCGCGUCGGUUCUUUCGAUUCAAUGGCGAAUACACCUCCUCAGAGCCCUGGACGCUCUCGAUCUCCCCUCAUGUUCGCUCCUCAGGUUCCGGUAGCUCCUUUGCAAAGGGGUGAUGGUCCUCCAUCUUUCAAUCAAAUGUGGCAGAAUGAAUCCCAUGGUGCUGUUGAUCUUUCUCCUGAGCGAAUACCUACUUUGAUAACAUGGAACUAUGGUGGGAAUGACGUAGCUGUUGAAGGCUCUUGGGACAACUGGACAAGGAAGGCACUGCAAAAAUCAGGUAAGGAUUACUCCAUUCUUUUGGUACUGCCAUUGGGCAUAUACCAUUACAAGUUCAUCGUGGAUGGUGAAUGGAGAUAUAUUCCAGAUCUUCCUUUCGUUGCUGAUGAAAUGGGCCGUGUUUGUAACCUUCUUGAUGUCCAUGAUUAUGUGCCAGAAAACCUCGAAAGUGUGGCGGAGUUUGAGGCCCCACCAUCACCGGACUCCAGCUACGGUCAAACUUUCCCAGGGGAUGAAGACUUUGCGAAGGAUCCAGUGGUAGUUCCACCCCAGCUCCAUCUAACUGUCCUAGGUAUGGAUAACUCCGAUGAAGCUGCUGCUGCUGCUGCUCCUCCUCCUCCUCCUUCUUCAAAACCCCAACAUGUUGUGCUAAAUCAUGUUUUCAUAGAGAAAGGAUGGGCAUCUCAGUCUGUGGUUGCUCUGGGUUUGACUCAUAGGUACCAGUCGAAGUAUGUAACAGUUGUCCUCUAUAAGCCGCUCAAAAGGUGAACCUUUUUUUUUUUCUUUAAUUUUUUCUCUAAUGCAUUGUUAAAAACACUGUAAAGGAUGAAAGAUGUUUUCAUAAUUGCUUAGUGAAGGCACAGUUGUGAAUAGAGCUGCUUUUAGGUUUUGGCUGUUUCUUCUGAAUUUCAAGUAUUUUGAUGGCGGGAAAUAUUUGCCUUUUGUGUGUGUGUUUUCUA